UACUGGGAAUGCGAACGUAAAACACGUCCGUUUGCGUAUAUUAGUUUCGAGUGUUUGUGUUUAUAAAUAUAUCAAACUUUCUGUUGACUAUUAAAGCAUCUGCACAUCCUCUAUUUCAUCACACCAGAGCAUUAAACACUUCGGCAGGCAACAAGAAAGCCAUGAGUUCUGCAAUAUCAAAAUCUACUCAGAGCCUCACCACUGCUAAGGACAUGAGGGAGCAAAUCGAAAUAUUAAUGCAGCCCUAUGUCAACUGGGGAAAGUAUCUGACUCCAGCGCCUCUAUCUAUAGCCAUUCUGGGAGAGCUGGUUUUCAUCUCAUCCUUAACAGAUUUCUCUAUCAAUAAAAAUCCUCCUAAAGAGGGUUAUAAAUUCAUCAAAUACCCCGAUUCUUUCCGUGCUUGCCUCAUGCAAGUGUGCAACACUGGUUGGUGGGCGUUUAAUGAAGCCCAUACGAGCAUGGAUCAGAUCCGUCUUUAUACGGCCCAAGUUCCAGAUUACAUGAAGAAUGCUGUGAAGAUUCUGUUCCAAGAUGAUGAUGAGGUUGUCAGAGCGCUUCUUCCCAAUCAGAUGGACAAUAUCAGAGAGAUCGCAGAUGAAUGUCUGACGCUGUCUGCUGCUACUGAAAAGAGUUUUGGUAAUGUCAUCAAUAUCAUCCAAGAGCUGCUGGAAGCCUGUAUGAAUGCAAAUUGCUUUUAUGGGGAAGAAAUGGAGGCAAUCAAGAAGAAGACUGAGGAGAGCAAACUGAGGAAGCAGUCAUCAGAAGAAACAAAGAAAAGGACUGAGAAGGCAGCGAAAGCUGUGGAGAAGCAACUGGAUGAGGCUCAAGAGAGCUACAAGAAAGCUCUGGAUUCUCUUCCUGGUGGAUGGGAAAUGAUUGGCAUGGACUUUGUUGGUGGAUUAGCACAGAGCGUUACAGGCCUGAUUAAUGGAAUGGCAUCUCUUAUUACCCACCCAGUCAGCAAUGUGUGUUCUGCAACAACAAAGAUUGCUAGUACCGUGAACCAGAUUAGAGAUCAGGAGAGAGAUGUAGUUGCUGAAAUAAAUGCAUACAGUAAGUCUGCUACAAUUUUAAGUUGUGUCCAGACUAUCCAGCAGCUAAUGAAUGUGAAUCAUGAGGAUGAUGACAUUGCCUGGAGAGAUCUUUUUGAUCAGAAGAACAAUUGUGCAAAAACUAAUUUUAUGGCACAACAGUUUGUACGAAUCAGUGAAGAAUUAAAUCAAGUCUCUGACUGCUCAAGUAAGUUUCAGGCUCUGAAGCUGUGCUGCAUGGGCAUGAAAAUAUGCAAUGAGCUGGAACGUUAUGCACGUGAUGGCGAAUGUGAGAAAAACAAAAGUAAGAAGAUUAUAAAGGAGGUUUUGGAACUGAUCCAGCUUGCACGGGUUUUUGACUGCAAAAGCAAAGAUGCGACAAAUUCUCCAGCCAUUUCUCCAAAGCCACCAAUGAUGUAUAAAGAAGCAAUCAAGUCAGAGAACAUGAGUCCUGCACAGAAAGCCUCACAGAAUGCAAGAUUCACCAUAAUGCAGACCCAAGCUCAGCUGAACAAGACCAGAGAGACCUAUGAGAAAUGUGUGGAGAACCUUGAGAACAACCAGAAAGAACUGACUGAAAUCCUGAUCACGAUGAGAAACUGUGACCUGAAAGAGAUCGACUUCAAAACCACCAUAGAGAUGCUGGCCAAAGGAAUGGAUGCCAUGGGUAGAGUGAAGGAGCAGUGGGAGAAGAUGGUUCACUUCUUUCAGAUGGUUUCUGCCAUUGUGAAAACCAGACUGAGCAAAACUCUCAAAAACUUUGUCUCCACAUCUGAGAAAACACAAACCCUUUCCUACAAUAGCAAGCUCUUCUCAAAAGAUCUGCUCUACGCUCAGGCCUUCCAAGCCAGUAACAUUGCUAGUCUGGUCCAUAUGAUCUCUACGACAUACACAGAUGUUUCCAGCAGGUACCUGAUGGAUCGAGUCAGCUCACUGGGCAAACUGAUGGCCAUGGAUAAAAACAAGCCAGAAUUUGAGCAUGAGCGACAACAGCUCCAGAACGCCUGUGAUGUGGCACAGAAAGCCAUCUCAAGGCUUGUGGAGAAGAAUAUAAAGGAGUUUUACGAUAAGUCUAAAAAGAGACAGGAAACAAUCAGUCGGGAAUUGCUUGCCAUUCUGCCUGCUGCUACUCCAGAGCAAAUCAAGAGCAUUCAAGAGGCGGUUCAAGCUGGAUUCACUGAAAACGAUUUUGUAUAAUAUAUAUUUUACAAGCUCAUUAAAUGCAAGAUAAUUAUCCUCAUAUUAUAAGGAUAUAGGGUGACACAGUGGCGCAGUAGGUAGUACUGUCGCCUCACAGCAAGAAGGUUGCUGGUUCGAGCCUCGGCUGGGUCAGUUGGCGUUUCUGUGUGGAGUUUGCAUGCUCUCCCUGGUUCUCGUGGGUGUCCUCCGGGUGCUCCAGUUUCCCCCACAGUCCAAAGGCAUGCGGUAUAGGUGAAUUGGGUAGGCUAAAUUGUCCUUAGUGUAUGUGUGUGAAUGAGUGUGUAUGGAUGUUUCCGAGAGAUGGGUUGUGGCUGGAAGGACAUCCGCUGCAUUAAACAUGUGCACUCUUGCAUUCAAACACCUACUCAUACCUUACAGCCAAUUACAGCCUGGAGGAAACCCACACGAACACAGGGAGAACAUGCAAACUCCACACAGAAAGCCAGGACUCAAACCAGCUGGGACUCGAACCAGCAAACCUUCGAUUCACGACUCAAACCUUCUUGCUGUGAGGCCACAGUGCUAUCCACUGAAUGUAUGAAACCCCGUGCCACCCUCCAAAGCAGUAUGUGUGCUAUUCUAAUUACAAUUGAACAAGAAAUAUUUUUAAAAAGAUAAGAAAGAUCUUUAUAUGAGGAAUAUGUUCAAUGUUUUGUCAUUUUUUUCAUGUUUUGUUUGGUAUAAAACAUUUUACUUGGCUGUGCAUUACACGUUUUUAAUUAAUAAAGGCACUCUGCACUGACUACAAAAUUCUUCCCACACUAAUAAAAAUGUUACUACUCA